AUGCCGUUCAAAGUUGUUCAAACCUUGGAGGGAAAGAAAUAUAAAUUAUUUACUAUUCCAUCGGGUUGGGAAUCUAACAAUAUUCUCAGAUAUCCAAAUAAAUGCAUAUCAAAGUAUUUAAAAGAUGAAAAUUCAACACCAACGCUAGACUGGGACGUAAUAAAAUGUAAAGUAAAACGGACCGAUGUAUUAAGCUACGAAAACGGAGAAAAGCUUGUAUCUGAAAUGCUGAAGCACAGUGAUACGGAGGACGAUGUCGAUAAUUAUACGCAGCGGCGACGUUCACAUAACAAAUCUUUAAAUCUGAAUCCAAUAGCACAAGAUAUGAUGGGCAAUGUUGUUUUGACUAACCGUAACACAGACAUAGCGUCAUCGUCCGCUGACUUGCCGAUUGAAUUAAACUAUAACUUAGUUUAUACCGAGGAUAUUCAAGCAAAUUCAACAAAUACAUCUCAAGUCUUUUCAAAUGAUACUACACCUUUAGUACAGGAUUCAGUAAGCUUUGACAUCAGUAAAAUGUUUGAGAACCAAAAACAAAUAUUAGAUAACCAAGCAACUAUUCUAAGCCAAAUUUAUCAAAAUCGACAGCAGCAACUGGAUAAUAACUCGGCAAUUAUCGCCCAGAUUCAGUCUCUAAAAAAUGUGCAAAAUAGUUUCAUUCAAAAGGUGUCUGCUUUGUCUGUGCAAAUGGAAGACGCAGUAUUUCAAAUAACUUCAUCGUAUAAUCAAGACGUGCAAACUUUAAAUAGCAGCAAAGGCCAUGUUGAAAAUAUUCCAAUAUAUGAAAAGCCAGUUGACAGCGCCCAGGAGUUAGAUGAACUCGAAAAUCAGUUAUCGGACCCAAACAAUAGAGACUGUUUGAAAAAUAGAUAUUCUAUACUUUGUUCUGGAGGUAAAGCUAUAGACUGUGCUUAUAUGCUUGUUGAUGUUAUGUUUACAAGGAAAUUUAUUUGUGAGUGCUCAUGGAGUGGGGGCAGCAGAGGUGAAGAUUUGAAAAUUCCUUUAAAAGGUUAUAAACAUGUCUUGUCUUUUUUCUGGAAUAUGGUGCACUAUUGGGAUCAGGAAUAUUCUUUAAAAGAUAAUGAAUUAUUUUUCAAAACGAUUUUGAAAAAUGCCAAAAAAAGAAAAAUUGCAAAACUUGAAAGAGCUUCAACAUCAAGGCAACGUUCGAAACCCAAAAAUAAUUUGAAACGUAUGAAGUUUUCAGAAGAAAAUGAGACAAAUGUAACUUCUGAUAACGGUGAAAGUGAGAAUGAGAUAAACGAAGAAGAAAACACGAUAAAUAAGAAGAAAAGAAAUGAUUCAGUAGAAGAACACACAAAGGAAAAUAAAGAAGGCGAUGUUAUAAAAAAUAUCUCAAAAGACAUCGCCAAAUAUAAUAGUAACGUUAUAAUUGGAAAGGAGACAAGUGUCUGA